AUGCCCUCGCGCUUCCUGUUUGCUGUGCUGUCCUCCGUUCUGGCGGUAUCCGCCAUCCCCCAGGAGACGGCUUCUUCGACCGGUUUUACGGUUGUGGCUUCGGCCACAACUCCUCCAACUUCUACCAUUACUUCAGCCACCCCCCUGACAUGCACAGAUGGAUCAACUGUCCUGUACACUACUGAGUGUACAAUGGGGUACCCAAUUUCCUACUGCUAUAGCCCCCCACCUCCCAUCCAAUGCCCAACCGGUUCCUUCCCUGGCACCUGGCACCCCGGACACUGCAUCACCCAGUCGACAUGCUAUCCCACCGAUGCUGUGUGGUUAACCAGUGAAUGCUCCAAUGGUGCUAUCGCGGCUGGGACGAGCACACUCUAUGCAGGCACUCUUGCCGACGGAUCGUCCACCAUCAUCAAGGACGUGUCCUGCACGUGCGCUGCCAACCAAUACUACUCCUGGGGUGCAGUGACUACGGGAACCAUCACCACGGAGGAGGUUUUCUGCAUGCCCUAUAGCGCAUGUGCCUCUGGCAUGACCACCUCGAUUUCCACUAAUGAGUAUUGCGCGUCUACUCCCGCCUCAUGUCCGGGAAGGCCUACCACCACACCAUACUGCAAGUGCGCGAAUCCUACUCAGACUCCUGUUUAUCCUCCUGGUGGAUCAGUUCCCACUGGAUGCGCAUGA